AUGGAAUCCGAUAUUAUCGUUUUGAGUGACGACGAAACAGUCGUUGCUUUUGAAGAACCUGUAGGGAUGCCGGCCAUGAAAGUCACGCAGACGGUGAAUGCAUUGUCUGAUGGAGUCGCAUGGACGGAUUCAGGUGCGGUUCAUAGUAACGAGCCUGAUUUAGGGACUUCAUGUUUCUUAAAGAAAUCCAGUUCUACAGGUUCUAGAGAUGCAAAAGCUCUAGGAUCUAAGAUUUCUUCAUCCAACUCAGGUACCUGGUUGGGGAAUUAG